GGGGCCAAUGGGGCGGCGGCGCUGUCGGGGGUGCGCGUUGGCGGCGGCGGGGGCUGCUCCCCUUUCUCUCCCGUGCGCAGCGGGGCCGGCGGCGGCCGCAGGCUCGUGAAGCAAUAGGCUGUUGGAUUUUGAUCCCGCCCAGAAUACUUGAGUUUUUCUCAGCAAGGAUAUAUAACAGCGGUUUUGUCUGCCCACCUAAGAAGAAGAGGUAAUGGAGACUGAACAACAGGAGGAGACCUUUACCAACACAGAGACAAAUGACCUCUCUACAGGCAAACGUCCUGCAGAAGAUAUGGAGGAAGAACAGGCAUUCAAGAGAUCUCGGAAUACGGAUGAGAUGGUUGAAUUGCGCAUCCUGCUUCAGAGCAAAAACGCUGGAGCAGUGAUUGGAAAAGGUGGCAAAAAUAUUAAGGCACUUCGUACAGACUACAAUGCCAGUGUUUCAGUCCCAGACAGCAGUGGCCCCGAGCGCAUCUUGAGUAUAAGUGCAGAUAUAGAGACAAUCGGAGAAAUCUUGAAGAAGAUUAUCCCUACUUUAGAAGAGGCGUCCUUCAUGCAGUAUCAACACUACAAAGGCAGCGACUUCGACUGCGAAUUAAGACUUCUUAUUCACCAAAGUCUGGCAGGAGGAAUUAUUGGCGUCAAGGGUGCUAAAAUCAAAGAACUCAGAGAGAACACUCAGACUACCAUUAAGCUCUUCCAGGAGUGUUGUCCUCAUUCAACUGACAGAGUGGUGCUUAUUGGUGGAAAACCUGAUAGAGUUGUUGAAUGUAUCAAGAUUAUUCUGGAUCUGAUCUCUGAGUCUCCGAUUAAAGGACGGGCCCAGCCUUACGAUCCCAAUUUCUAUGAUGAAACAUAUGACUAUGGUGGCUUCACAAUGAUGUUUGAUGAUAGACGGGGACGUCCAGUAGGCUUUCCAAUGCGUGGGAGAGGAGGUUUUGAUCGCAUGCCUCCUGGUCGUGGUGGCCGACCUAUGCCUCCAUCAAGAAGAGAUUAUGAUGAUAUGAGCCCUCGCAGAGGACCUCCACCACCUCCGCCAGGUCGUGGGGGCAGAGGUGGCAGCAGAGCUCGUAACCUUCCUCUUCCUCCUCCUCCACCUCCUCGUGGCGGAGAUCUGAUGUCUUAUGACCGAAGGGGCAGACCUGGAGACCGUUAUGAUGGAAUGAUGAUGCAGUGUCAUGUGGAUGCCUGUGAUGACAUGCAGCCACCAGAACUGUUUGAGGGUGGCUCUGGAUAUGACUAUUCUUAUGCAGGGGGCCGUGGUUCAUAUGGAGAUCUUGGUGGACCCAUCAUCACAACACAAGUAACGAUUCCCAAAGAUUUGGCAGGAUCUAUUAUUGGAAAGGGAGGCCAGAGAAUCAAACAAAUACGUCAUGAGUCAGGAGCUUCGAUCAAAAUUGAUGAACCAUUAGAAGGCUCAGAAGAUCGGAUUAUAACUAUUACAGGAACACAGGACCAGAUACAAAAUGCACAGUAUUUACUGCAGAACAGUGUGAAGCAGUAUGCAGAUGUUGAAGGAUUCUAAUGCAAGAUUAUUUUUUCUUUUUUAUAGUGUGAAGCAGUAUUCUGGAAAGUUUUUCUAAGACUAGUGAAGAACUGAAGGAGUCCUGCAACCUUUUUUUUUUAUCUGCUUCUGUUUAAAAAGCCAACAUUCCUCUGCUUCAUAGGUGUUCUGCAUUUGAGGUGUAGUGGAAUCUUUGCUGUCCACCAGAUGUAAUGUUUUAGUUCUUUACAAAUAUUUGGGGGGAGGGAAAGGGCGCGUGAGACUAACGUGAAAUUUUGAAACAGCAGCAGAGAGAGUGAAUUUUAUUUUUGUUCAUUGUUGGUGGUAAAUUGUAAUGUUUCUCUGUAACUAUUGUGAACACCCUGCUGUUAUGUACACUGUACUUUUUUGAAGGGGGGAGAAUGCUGGUAGUCCACGUGCCCCUGGCAUCCUUUGAGAGCAGUGUGCAGAAUGUAAUGCUCUUUUGUAAGAAACGUUUCAUGAUUUUUAAAUAAAUUUAGUGAACCUACUCUUGGUGGUCAUCUUUCUUUAGAUAUAAAUAAGGUAAUACCUAAAAUUGAUACACCCUUCAUUUUUUCUCCCCACAAGAAAAUGCAUACAUGAAAGUUGCUGUUAAGCUUGCUCUUACGCUUCUUUGAUAUAGAUGGAGUUCUGUGUUCUUGACAAAUUAAAGAAACCGUGUGAAAACAAUGGCUCAGCUUUGCUGUUUGGGAAAAAAAAAAUGCAAAAAUACUCAUGCAAACUUUGUGUAAAACUUUUUUGCAAGUGUUUGGCCCUCUUUGCAGUACAUAUAUAUAUUGGUGACAGUAUAUAAAUAAAAUAUUUAAAAACUUUGUGAUGUCACUGAUUAAACAGUGGUAAAGUACACCUGGUUUUCAGCAGCUUGCUUAAUGCAAAUAACACUUAGAAAUGGCAGUUGGUGUACCAUUACGGAAUGAAUUCUAGUUGUUUUCAGAGCUUUCAUUUGUAUAAGGUAGACAUUCUUAUAAAUUGGCAAAUUGACCGUAUAUAACUCUGUAACUUGUUUUUCAUUGUAUUCAAAACUUAACCUUGUUUGAUUUCCCUGUUGUAUGUUGAAUUCCAUAGGAAAUAUGUGAGAAAUUAAAAAAGGUGAAUCCUCUGGAUAUCUCAUGUAAUACCUUCGCAUUUGUAUUUAUAGUUUACCAGUUCUAAUUUCACUUCCUAAAUAAUAAUAAUAAAACAGUUUACAAACU